UAAAAGUGGCAACAAUAUUUCCCUCAAGUGGUUCUCAUCGGCAGGUCCUCGUACGGCAGUGAGCUAAACAGACACAUCAACGCUUAUUGGCGGUGGUGGUGUGAAAGCCGUGGUCUCUUUAACCCUGGGUGGCGGGUGGCCGGAGGUGUACUAGUGGGGCAGGUUUGGGCCGCCCGCACUCCCAGGGUGGUGGUUGUCGCGGGCCUGGUGGUGUCGGUGGGGUGGUUGAUGGUCGGAGGGGCAGGGGAGGGGUGGACGGUGUUGUGAUGAGUCUACCAUCGGUGGUGGAGGGCUCAGCGGGAGUGUGACUGGGACGCUACUGAUCCUCAAGGUGUGAUAAUCGCAUCUUCUUCAGGAUGCAUGAAUAUAUAAUGUCCAGAGGAUAGAUAGAGGAUGCUGCUUUGGGCGAGGGGAAAGAAACUAUGGGACCGGGUAUGUUCAGGGAAGACAGAGGCGAGGCAGGGCUGGCGAGGGGAGCACAGGGGUUUCUGAAGGCUUCAGUCGCUUUACUAUUUUAAUGAGACAAGAUAACCAGCUUCUUGCAGGCUACAGGUGUCCUGUCAGUCACUCAGAACAGCACAGAGCCUUAAUUACUACAUCUAAUAAUUUGUGUGUUAGUGCUGGACCAAGCUGCCUCCCGGGUCGCAAGGGCAAUGUGGGAGGAGCUAAAGCGUCACAUGACCAGAUCUAUCCACUACUGUGUCGUGAGAGCGAGAGGUGGUGCCAGGGGAGGCGGGGCUCCUCUCUCUGGGCGGGACCACAGAACGCUCCGCCUCCUCUGGCAGAAAGAGCGGUGUCGAACUGAAUCUCCAGAUAGUGUUUGAGCUCGCCGCGGCCUCAACACACGCAGGCUGAUUUUUUGCCGCGGCUCCAGCUCCCGUGCCUCGCGUGCUUCGUCCAUGCGGCGGCCUUCUCAGUGCCACGCCAGCUAAUGUGUGUGUGUUAUUCUCUCUUCCCGAUUGUGUGUGACUGUGCGGCACCCUGGCGACGGUGGACUCCAUACCGUGGCGGCACCACCAUGCAGUGGGCAGCGGCGAGGGAGGAGGACUAGACAGGAUGAACGGUUCACUGUAUGAGGACACGGCCAGUACUCGAGGCCUGGAGCCCGCGGGCCAGACACCGCUGCACAUCCCGGCCAAGAGAGUGGCCACCACGCUGGCCGUGUCCACCUACCCGCACCCGCCCGAGUGCCCCACGGGGCCAGACUCGGGCGCCGCGGCGGGUGUCAUCAGGCACUCCCACUCCACACAGCCUUGGAACUACCAGCCAGACCACGCUGCGGCCACGGCUCCCUUCGACUCCCAAUAUGGACAAGCCUUCUACCGGGACGGCGUCACGCCCACUUACUACAAUAUUGCGGACUCCAGAAUGGCUGACCGCAAGGCGCUGGCAUUUUGGCCCAACAAAUGCGAGUACGCCCCGGGACCCUCCUCCAUGGCGACGGAGUCCUGCCAGGCCUUCGCCGCCCAGACGUGGUGUAACUAUCCUCCGUAUGGGCGUGUGGGUCAUGUGGACGCCCAUGGACAGCCUGUGCCAUACCUGACGGCGGCAGACGGUGCCCCCAAGUCUGCUGUGGAGGCCGCGGCAGGAUAUCCCCACGACGGCUACCUGAGGAACUACCCCACGACCGAGAGCAUGCCCCCGGCACCAUAUCCUCCAGCGCACCGGCCGCCCUUCCCCGUCUCUCACCCAGGAGCGCUGGGCACCAUCCCGCAGGAAUGGACGGGCACCAUGACGGUGAGGAAGAAGCGGAAGCCGUACUCCAAGUUCCAGACACUGGAGCUGGAGAAGGAGUUUCUCUACAACGCCUACGUGUCCAAACAGAAGCGCUGGGAGUUGGCGCGUAACCUCAAUCUUACAGAACGACAGGUCAAAAUAUGGUUCCAGAAUCGUCGAAUGAAAAACAAGAAAAAUAGCCAAAGACAGGCUGCACAGGAGGCAGCAGCAGCAGCAGCAGCAGCGAACGGCGGCGGCACACCCUCCUCCGGGGGAGGCACUCCCGGGCACCACCCCAACACUCCCCAGACUCCGAACACCAAUAAAGCCUUGACCAGUGCAGAGCGCCUGUCCCACAGCCGCCAGCCUGCCCUCCGCCCCGGCACUAACCACACGCCCAUCCUGCACUCCCCACCUCCUUGGGGGAGUGCCGGCGUGACCCCCAUCCACUAUACAGGGGCGAGGGACUUAACCUGGAAUCUGCCGUGACCUGCUGAGGUGCACCAUGACCUGCUGCAGUGCACCAUGACCUUCUGAGGUGUUCUGUAACCUGCUGCACUGCGCUGUGUCCUGCUUCGGUGCGCAGUGAGCUGCAGUUGUGCUCUAUGAGCUGUUGCAGUAAGUUGUGAUUUGCUGCAGCAGGCGAUGACCUGCUGCGGUGCUUCACAGCCUCCUGCAGUGCGCUUUAAAUAUAUGCAGCUCGUUAUAAGCUGCUGCAGCGCGCCAUGGUUUCCUGCAGUGCAACCUUCAAUGAAGAUGGUCAGGUAUGGCGCACCUCACUCGC